GACCACCUCGUUUUCUCUUUGCACACUCUCUUUACCGUUAUAGUGUAGGAUACCAUAUUAUUGACCUAACUAGCACAGCCAAUGCUGUAGAAAUGUAAAAGGAAUUUAUUUUCAAGAACAAUAUCCAAUAGCAGAUACCUUCACGUUCAGGGGUAUUUGAUUGAAUGCCAUUUUUGGGCUGGAUUGCCUGUGAGAUAGAGGACCGGACAAAAAAAUGAGGAAAGUGGAACAUAUGAGUAAAUAUGGAGUGGGGGAUUGCACAAGCCUGCAAGAUCUGAUGAGGGAGAAAAUGGUGGACAAUGAAAAAAGGAGAAAAGUGGAACAUGUUUUGAGUAAAUAUGGAAAAAAGGAUCAUGCAGAACUUUUGGAAGAGCUACAGAAGGAAUUGAAUGUGACGAGAGUGAGGAUGAAGUACCUGCGGUGAAGACCGCCGUGUUGGAGCCUCGUCCCGAUGAUGACAAGGAUGAUUCUGGCCCAGUGGGUGUGAGAUUUGUGGAGAGAAUGGAUACUUGUAUUCUGGCUGAUCCAUAUGUGGUUUCAGGUUGGAUGGAAAAAGAGGUUUGGGACUGUUGAGUUGGUGAAAGUAACUCAACAGUGAUGUAUUGUGUUUCUUCCAUCCAGAGGGAGAGGGCGCUCCGGACCAUGCGAUUAGGGACAAGAACUGUCUUGCUUUGCUCUUCGGAGCAGGGCGCUGUUGAAAGCCGUGAUAAUGGGGGUAGCAUUAAGUAUUGCGGAAGAUCAACUGAAAUGGAAGAUUCCUGGUGUCUGUGAGGCCCGCCGUUUGGUGCGAUGCAGACCCGGUGGAGAGUGUGGUGAAAUGGAGAUGACAUUGGCUGUUCUGCUGAGUUUUGAUGCAGAGUCUUCGCACAAGAUCAAGUUAGGAUGUGUUAGUUAUCCCGUGAGAGUUUUUGUUCCCGAAAAUACUACAGUGUUAUGGCGCUGGAGAUCGGAGGUGUCCGGUAACAGAAAGGCAGGUUGAGGUUUCCAGGCGUCAGAGUAGUACAGAAAGUGUCAUAUGCUGAAACAGUGAAGAAAGUUGUAGAGAAAGAUGGGUGCAGGGUGAGAGAUCCUGAGGGGAUUCCUGUGAGUAGGCAGAGACCAAUAGAGAGGGAUGGAUGGGAAUAACAUGUGCUUCAGUAAUGUGGGUUUCUUAGCAUUCAUAGCCAUGGUUGUCAACUGUACUGUAGAAAUGGAACAUAAGUCACAGAAAAUAAAGGUGGUGAUGGCAGCUGCAGAGAAGUACCUAGGAUUGUGAGGUUGUACUGCAGAAGAUUUGCAGGGGGUGUUGGGUGGUAGUGUUCUGUCCUCUCAGACCAUUGGCCUAGAGUAGGAUUAAAUAUUGGAAUGGGGUGGUGAGAUUUUUAGUGAGGGUUAAUAUUUGGCAGGGUAAUGUUCCUUUUUCCCCAAUUUUGUAUUACCGGAAGUUAAUGUAGGUAGGCCGUGACUGGCCUCACACUCCAGUACAGUAGGUGGCAGUGUAUUCCCGUUAAAGUUGGUUGCGAUCCGCCAACCCAAUACCGAAGAAGAAUGGACAAAAGUAAUGGUGAAGAAUGGAAUGAAAAAUAAGUGUCGAUAAUUGAAGGGGAUGAUAGUAUAUCAGACAAGGAUCCGUUUCUUGUUGGGAUGCGUUUUUUUGAAAAGGGUGAUUAUCUGGGAAAUCAGUUUGGCGUAUCGAAGACGGUAAAUCGUAGCCUGCUAGGAAAAGUUCAAUCAAAUCAGAGUGACCAGGCGUGGGCUUGUCCCUGAUUAUGUCUUAGGAACAGGGCAGUGGGCCUCACAAGAAUCGAGUCACCCGAAGUAUCAUGCUUCAAGCACUGGAGUAGGGGUAGGGCACCUGUUUUAAGGGAGUUAUCUCUGGGUUGUCAAUGGAAAUUGAGGAAAACCUUGCGAAAGGAAUCCUUUGCGACAAGAAUCCCAGGUGUAGUUAGUGCCCGUCACUUGACCCGCAUGGUGGAUGGAAGAAAAUGUGUCGGUUCUAUUUUUUUUGGAAUGAUGUCACCUUUUACGUUACAGGCUUAUUCUAAACAUUUAAAUAUUUUUUUCUCAUCUAUCUACACACAAUACCGCAUAAUGACAAAGCGAAAACCUAAAUACCUUAUUUACAUACUGUAAUUAUUCAGGCGCUUAGCAGCGGUGUCUGUUCAGUUUGGCAGCUGCGUUAGAGGGAGAUGCCCGUGUGCUUCGCGGUUUACCGGAUAUUUUUCUGCUGUGUUGAAGAUCACUGCGACCCACGCGAUGUAGCGCUGUCGUUCAAGCCACUGACUUGUUAUUCCCACUCGCCAUCACGAAAUGGACUCAUGCUAGCCACAAGUUCUGACUGAGCUCAAUCGUCAUGAAACGCAAAUACAGUGAUUACUUUUUGUCUCUUUCAUACAAACUUUGAGAAAUAACGAGGAGCGCCCACAAUGUGUUCUGUGUGGGGAAGUGCUUAGAAAUGAGUCUCUCAUAACGAACAAGUUAAUAAAACGACACGACUGUAAACCCAGUGAGUUCUUUCAGAACAGGGCAGAAUGCUUCAGGAAACAGUGCUUCGAAAGUGGAAAGUCAACUAGCAAGGCAUUGUUGUCAUUUUAUAACAGAGCUCCAAUAUGGUGAAGGAGUUUGAGAGUGUGGAGCUGGGAGACAUGCGGAUGAAAAAGCAGAAGGUGCCCCGUAGAACGAUUUACUUUGCCAGUGGCGAAACCAUGGAGGAAUACAGCACAGAUGAAGAUGAGGAAGUGCAAGUUUCGAUCUCUGUUAAGACCUCAGCUGACCCGUCCAAGUUGAAUUGGGGUCCAUACUUUUGGUUUUACAUGUGGAGAGUGGCAACCUCCACUAUUUCAGUUUGUGACUAUCUUGGGGAGAGAAUGGCCUCAUUGUUCGGAAUUACCUCACCCAAGUACCAGUAUGCUAUUGACGAGUACUACAGAAUGAAAAAGGAGGAGGAGGAGGAGGAGGAGGAGAACCGGCUGUCUGAGGAGGCAGAACGUCAUUUUGAAGAAGAGCACAACCAGGAGAUCCAGCAGCCAGCCAUGGAGCAGCCGGAGGGCAAAGCCUCCUUUGUCAACGUCAGCUUCGAGCUGGAUCAAGAUCCCACACCUGAUGCCAACCGAUGUCCUGCCCCCAUCCCCACCUAACAGUUCAAUUAAAUAGGUGUUUCUAUUUUUCUCAUUUCACGAUGUAGCCUCCUCAGCCUUUUUUUGUUGCUAUAGCAUAGAAUUCUUAUUUUUAUCAUAUUGAUUUGAUGUAUCCUCAACAAAAAAAAAUUCUAUAGUGUAGUUUUCUUAUCUUUGCCUAAAUUAUCAUGUUCUAUGUAAGUCACAGAUUUAAAAAAUAAUAUAUAUUUUUUUUAGUUGCUGCAUUGUAAAUAUGCAUUAACUUUUGUGUGCAAUGAACAUUGCUGUGCUGUGUGUCAGUGACAAUGAAUGAGCACACGGAUGAUAUCUGAUGCUGGUUAGCUAUUUCCAGGUUUAAGAAAUGUCUUUGAUUUAUUUUUUCAGGUACAUAAUAACAUUGUUAUACAGUAAGUUAUUUUCAGCAAGAUAAGUUACCUUUUUCUAAAACCAUUCCAGAUGUGCACAAUGUUAUGGAAUAGUACAGAUUUAUUUGAAUGGAAAAUUAUUUAUAUUCAUUGCCAACCAUGAAAAUCUAUUUUCAUUUCAGAAUGCCCACAAACAUGUUACUGUUAGAAUAUGACCCCAGGCCUUUAAUGUAAUAACUUCACACGUUGCUCAUUGGCAUCUGUGCAAAGACUUGACAUUACUGUUGUCCAGAGCUAUAUAUUUAGAAAUACAGUGAGCUCCAAAGGUAUUGGGACAGUGACCAUUUGUUGUUUUGGCUCUACUCCAGCACUUUGAAUUUUAAAUGACACAGUGACUGACUUUUUGUACAUGGUCCCCUAAAAUGGGGGAACUAAAAGUACUGGAACAAGUUCAAUGUAUUUGGUCCGAUAUUCCUAACACAAAUUGGGCACAAAAUAAUCUGAAACACACACAAAACAGCAAAUGACUCCAACGAGUUUGUAGAGUCAUACGCUUGAUGUAAUCAUUGUGUGCUAAGAAUAUGGGACAAAAUAAACUUUUGACAACUUGGAUACACACGUGAAUUUGUCACAAUACUUUUGGGACCAUCUACAAAAAGUGCAUUCAUUUCUAAACUGGUCAUAUGGAUGAAAAUACCUUCAAAUUAAAGCUCAUGUAGACUAGCCUACCAGCACAGUUUCUGCGACCUGUUGGCUAGAUUGCAAGUGUCAAGAUGAGAGUAGUCAUAUUUGCUUGUUUGUGACAACUAUCGAUAGAGCUGAAAAUGCGAUGGAAAGUUUAGUUUUUUAUUCGGUACAUGAAAACUUGCCCAAAGAGUUUGAAAUGCCAAGAGACACUAAGACAGAUGCUAAACUUUAUUUUCCCACUCUACUAUGUACACACAAGGAAAUAAAAUCUUAAGAGUCCAACAUACUGAAAAACAAAUGUUCUAAUUUAUUAAUGGAAACCGGUUUCAUUUGAAAACUUUAUAAUUUGAGUAAAAUAUAGUAUUUUAUUUUUCUAUAUGAACUGUACAUUAAACAUUUAACUGUCUUGCCAAGUC